CUUCCAAAGGCAAUACAAUUUGUCUACGAAGCAGAGAAGUUCUGCUUGUAUUUUUCUGCUCAACAGAAAGAUAAUGCAGAGCCAAUGGGGGGAUUGAAGCUUUUUAUUGACAAGAAGAAGAUUAAGAUGAUGAAAGGUGUUUUUAAAGAACUCGACCGUGUAUAUUUGACAGUUAUUGUUCGUAGUUCCUCAAAAAAUUUGUAUGAUGUCGAUCUUGGUGAUACAAUGCAGAAAUUUGAUUUCAUUACCGAUUUAUAUAUUCUGAACUUGACGCAUCUACAUGCACAUCGGAACGGUGAAUCUUGUAAAACAGUGCAAGACUUCAUUAGUCUCAAAAAGGUUCGUAAAUUACGAACACUUAAAGUGAAGCAUAUGUGUGUAACUGAUAAGUUCUUAGAGAAGGUGGGUAACAGGACAUUAGAAAGUCUAAAUUUUACUGGAUGUGUUUUUCUCACUUUCAGGGAUACUGUGCAACAACGUAAAGAGAUUGAGGUGACUUUUGCAAAGUCAUAUAAGACCAUCUGCUUCAAUAAAUGCAAGAGGUGUGUGGAAUACCGGUCAUCGUAUGCUUCAGGUCGAAAGUACUCUAUGGCGAUCAAAAUCAAUCUAAAUAAGUGCAUAAAACUACGCAAGCUGAUGGUAAACAUGGGUGAUUAUGCGAGAGUUAUACUCAGUGACCAAAUAGUAGAUGGUUUACGGCAUUUAUCAUUAGGUAAGAAUUAUUUUGAACUGCCGCUUUCGUCUUCUCAGUGUUAUAGUGCUAGACUAGAGUAUUUGGUAAUUGAUACAGAAAAUUUAGAGCUCGCUGUCAAGUUUUUAGGAAAAAUUAACCGAAGCAAACUUAAGCAUUUAGUAUUUAUUUGUUAUAUUAGGGGAAGUACGCAGAAUGUUUGUGAUGUUUCCGAUUUAUUUAUCCUAGACUUUGCCGCUCUUGAAGUUUUAGAAAUUGAUGCUGUCGGUGGUAAUUUGAGGUUGAAGGAUAAAAGCACAAUUGAAGUAAAAAUGAAAAAGUUGGAAACGCUAAGAAUAAAUUGCUUGUGUGCGGAUAAAGUGUUCAUGCAAAUGAUAACUGAGCUGGAAACGUUGAAACAUUUUGAAAUGCUUGUUGAGAAUCGGUAUUUUGGUCAUAAAAUUUUACGGAGACGACUAAGCAACUUGAAAGGUCAAAUAGAAAAACUCUUCGUUAGUUCAAAGCUGACCAUUAGUGAAUUGGUAAGGUUAAUAGAACCUUUGAACAAGCUGAAAGAAUUUUACGUGGACAGUAGAUUCAUUAAGUCAUCAUUUUAUAGCCUUGUCAAUCAAAAUGAUGAUAAAUGCCAACCUGCAAAAGUUGACGCCAACGAACAGAAUUUAGUGGUGAGUAAGAAUGUAGUGCAUGUAAAAUUCCACACUCUUCAUAUUAGCAUAUAUUCAGCUUAUGAAGAACUAAUCAAACUUAUUUUAUGUCAAUAUUUUAAAGCUUUCGCAGGUAUUAAGAAACUGGUGAUAUUUGAAGCACCAAUAGAUUUUUGUACAAAAUUAAAAACAAUUCAUAAGUUAUCAGAACUUUCGCCAGAUCUGCUAAAUAACUUGAUCAAAAAUAUUUUUGAGACGUUCAAACAGCUUGAUGUACUUGUGUUCUGUUAUAAAAGUUCCUACAUAUCUAGAGAAGAGGCUCAUAUUCUUUAUAAGCUUUUUUCUGAGAAGUGUAGAUUGGUCAAGGAGAGAUGCGAGUGGUCAGAUAAUUGCAAUGAGGAACAAACCAUUUUCGAGCUUCAUAAGUAA